AUGGAGAAGAUGAAAUUCGCAGAGGAGCUCGUGCGAGAAUUCCUCGUAUUCAGAGGGUUUACAACCACCCUCCAAUCCUUCGAGAAAGAGCUGGCGACCGACAUCGGCCGGGGAUUUCAAGUCGACAAGAUCUUAGACCUAAUCUUCUCCAAUUACAUCCCCAAAUUCGAAUCGGAAAAGCUGAUCGAUCUCCUAAGCUUCUUCAAGAAUUGCUUCUCGUACCCGGAUUCAAAUGCGGUUGAUGUGCUGUGGAAGCUGGAACAGUCGAUCCUGCGUUACUACAUCGUUAACGCCUUGAAAUGUGGAAGGAAGGACAAGGUGUUGGAGCUAUUCGGAAGUUUUGGCAAUGAUUUGGUGCUGAGAGAGGGGAGUUGGAGCUCUUGGUUUGCAAUUCCAUAUAUGAAGAACCCACAUUUGGAUCCGCAGUUUAGCGUGUACUUUUCCGAGGCUUGGUUUCGUGUCCUGCACCUCUCUAUUAGGAAUUUCUUGAGUGAGAUUCUUGAUGCUUGUCCACGUACCCCUGCCUUAUUGAAGAUCAGUUCCGAAAGGGAUACUGUGGCCCAUCUGAAGAAAGAGGUUAAGCAACUCACUCACAAGUUAUCACAAGUUCAAACUUCACUGGAGGAGAAAGAGGCACUACUGCGCCUAUCAAGGAGUGAUGCAGCACAAGCCACUGUUUCACCCAGUAUUUCUCGUUGGAAGUCUACAUCAGUAAUCGAAGAAAAAGUGCCAUUUCAGAUUGCAGAGAAUACUCAAGUUUCAGAAUCUCUUUUUUCAAGGUUUAAUUCUUAUAACAAUGCUAAUGAGGAUAGAAGCUGUGAUGGCCCUGAUGUUGGUAGACAUUCUGAUUUUCAGAAUGAAGAUGGUUUUCCAGAAGUGAAAGCAGUAUGGCAGGAUACAUUUCUGGGCCACACAAGUUCAAUCAGUUGUAGCCGCUUCUCUGCAUCCGGCGACAAUAUUGCUAGUGCUUCUAUUGAUGGCACGGUCAGGAUAUGGACCUACGAUUCAUCAGCAUCUACGUCUAGAAACGCCACCAUCUAUUGUGGAGCUGAGAUUAUGUCUCUUGAGUGGGACUGCAAAUCUGAUCGUUUGCUACUGAUAGGAACUUCUGAUGGAGGCAUUAAAGCGUGGAAUGUAGAUGCUAAGCGAGUUGUUUGUGAUCUCAACUCAACUGAAGGAUACCCUAGCAUUUUGGACCUGAAAUGCAGCCCUGUGGAGCCUAUUUUUGUUUCUGCAGCAGCAUCCAGGAGGCAAGGCAGCGGCUAUUUUGAUAGCUUGGGGUUUGCUUCAUUAACAGUAUGGAACAUGAGGACAUGGAAGUCUAUGACAGUGCUUCCUCUUGGUAAUGAUCCACCUGCAAUAACCUCGUUGAGUUUCAAUCACAACGGCAAGCUGUUAGCAGCUGCUGCAACUGAUGGAAUGAUUCAUAUGUUUGAUAUGUCUGCUGGGCAGCAAGUUACAGGAUGGCCUGCUCAUGAUUCUGCAAUUAGCUCGAUUCUUUUCGGGCCCGAUGAGACCAGCAUUUUUAGCUUGGGAACUGAUGGAAAUAUAUUUGAAUGGAGCUUGCACAAUCAAGGGCAAAUUCUUUGGUCACGAAAUUGCAGCAGGUUUUGCAACAGUGAGAAUUCAUAUCAGUGGAGACAUCAAAUGGCUUUGGAUGGCAAUGGAAAGAGGCUUCUCGUGACGUCUAGUUCAUUACAAGCUCCAAUAUACCAGGUCCGAGGCGAAAUGACUGGCUUCAGAACUCUUUCUCACAGUGGCCCCAUCACAACAGUAGAUUGGCAUCCAACUUUACCUAUCUUCUUAACUGGCUCAGCUGAUCAUUCGGUCAGGGUCACAUCCACGUCUUGA